AUCGCAAAACGGAUCCAAGUAAUCGUCGUCUACCAACUGCGUUUGACAUAAAGGAAUUUCACGCCACACGAAAAAGCACGAAAACUGUAAAAAUGUUGCCCCUCGUCCGAAAUCGGUUCCCGAAAGCUUUUCCUUAUCCGAUGAGCCGAUAUCAACACACUAUCCCCAAGGAACUGGAAAAAGUUGCAAGUGAGAAGGAUCCCAAGUUUUCAAAAAUGGUGCAGUACUUCUUCCACAAGGCGUGUGUCAAGCUGGAACCCCGGCUGCUUGAAUAUCUGAAAAAGUAUCCAAAUCUAAGCGAAGAGAACCGGAAGAAACGCAUCUCUACGAUCAUUCACCUUGUCGAGGGAGCAGCCAACACCAUCGAAGUCCGCUUUCCGGUUAUGCGGGACAACGGACAGUACGAAAUUCUGACCGGAUACCGAUCCCACCACUGCGUCCACCGGUUGCCUGUGAAGGGUGGCAUCCGAUACUCGAUGGAUGUGAGCCGGGACGAGGUGAAAGCACUGUCGUCGCUGAUGACCUUCAAGUGCUCGUGCGUGCAUGUGCCUUUCGGUGGAGCCAAAGGUGGAAUCAAGCUGAACCCGAAAAGCUACAGCGAUAAGGAAUUGCAAAGCAUCACGCGAAGGUACACGGCGGAAUUGGCCAAGAAGAAUUUCAUCGGGCCAGGAAUUGACGUUCCGGCACCGGAUAUGGGCACGAGUGACCGAGAGAUGUCAUGGAUGGCCGAUCAGUACAGUAAAACUUUUGGGCAUAAGGACAUCAAUGCACUGGCUACGGUGACCGGAAAACCGUUGCAUCAAGGCGGGAUUCGUGGAAGGACGGAGGCGACCGGACGUGGAGUUUUCAUCGCAACGAAUUGCUUUGUCAGAGAAAAGGAAUGGAUGAAAGCGGUUGGUUUGGAACCGGGCAUGGAGGGAAAAACGGUCAUCAUCCAAGGCUAUGGUAAUGUUGGAAUGUAUGCAGGACACUUUUUUAAGAAGGCCGGUUGUAAAAUUAUUGGCAUUUUGGAGUCGGAAGUUUCUCUACUGAAUGAGGAGGGAAUCGACGUGGGUGAGCUGGCAAUUCACAAGAGACUAAAUAACACGAUCAAGGGAUUCAAGGGAGCUACUGAAACCAAAGAUGAUCUUCUGCUGCAUCCCUGUGAUAUUCUUAUUCCAGCAGCGGUUGAAAAAUCUAUCAAUUCAGACAAUGCUUCCAAAAUUCAAGCUAAAAUUAUUGCUGAAGGAGCCAACGGACCAACAACGCCGGCUGCGGACAAGAUUCUGCAAAGUCGCAAAAUUCUCGUCAUUCCGGAUUUAUACUGCAACGCCGGUGGUGUCACAGCUUCGUAUUUCGAAUAUCUCAAAAACAUAAAUCACAUCUCGUUCGGAAAACUCUCGUUCCGCCAAGAGUCGCAGAAUUUGAAAGAAGUUCUACGGUCGGUCGAGGAAUCGCUUAAGGAAGCGGGAGUCUGCAUCAACUUAAAACCUACUGAAACACUGAAGCACUAUCUGGACAGUGCAAGUGAAGCGGAUGUGGUGGCCUCCGGACUGAAGUUUGUGCUGGAAACGGCAGGCCACGGUAUCAUGACCAUUGCCAAUCAAUAUCAGCUGUGUUUGGAUGUGCGAACGGCGGCGUAUAUUUGGUCCGUAGAGAAGAUUUUCAAAGCUUACGAGGGAGCGGGAUUGUCGAUGUGAAUGUUCCAAUUCGAGUUAGAAUAAUUUUCGUAAUAAAUUGAUGAAUUUGUUUUGUUGUAAAAUGUAAGUAAAUUUCUGUUGAAAGAAUAUUUUUUAAUAACACCGCUCCAUAGUGUAAUGAGAUGGGAUUGUCUCGAAUAAAAAAUAUGG